AUGCCUCCCCCGACACUCCCCAGCUCUCUCAGUCCGCAUGUAUGCAUCUUGGCGUCGCCAGAUGUACAACCCAUAUUGAGCGGUGCGGGUCUGCCAUCUUUACCGGAGAUCUUACAGUGUUUCUCCCCACUCCCGCAAAUCACCACACGGACUGCAACUCUGACUUCGGUCGCCCAUUCGGCAUUUGCGCUCAGAUUUUCUGACGUGACCGAGAUUGAAGAUGCCGUUCACGAAGACGAGGAACAACGCGCUAGCCGCACCAUGGAUUGGAUCGGUUCUCGGAUACACCACCGUUGCGAACGAUGGCUGGACCUUGUGGAGACGGACAUACGGGAGACUGGCGGGAAGAUGUGGCGAUCACGGACUCCCUGGUGGGACGAGGUUAAGAGGUGUGUAUCCGGAGACCAUGUUCCAAGCAGCGUGGAGGGAUGGAAUCACCCGGUGUCUCUCAUAUUGGUUGUAUCCACCACUGCCGUGAACCCUUUACAGGCGUUGCAAGACCUGACGUCGCGUGCAUUUGACUUCCCGCCAUGGAUGGACCUCACUUCAUUGCGUUACUUCCUCAUCAUACACCCCUCAAACUCGUCUCUCUCUGAUCCUAUAGCAGAGUCCUUGUUUAACGCCGUGAAGAAGCAAUACGGGCUGCACAGUUUUCUUCUCCCACUCCAGCUUCCAACAGAUCCACUACCCGCUCCUGUCCCAGUGCCCGCCCCUCCCCCUAGAUUACCUGGAGCCUCUGGACUUGACACACCACCCCUACAACCCCAACCGUCCGCAGGCGGCCUCCUCUCUUCGAAUGCCGCUGGGGCUGACUACAACGGAAAUACUAUUCGGUUGAACUCAGAAGAUAUCCACCAGAUCAGUCGGUUCGUCCGUGAAUUUCUGACAAUGAGUCUCAUUCCAUGGAUGGAGAAAUGUGUAGUCGAGUGGAACGAAACGUACUCUUCUUCCCGACGACUACCCUCCCGGCUGAUUACAUCGACGCGUCGCUUCUUCGGUGCAACGAGUGCAUCGUCGCCUUCUCCCCCAUCUCACGGUUCCUCUGCAUCCAUCUCAUCUGGAGUAUCAAGAUACACGCAUGGGUCCAAUGCGUCUGUGAGCUCCAUAUCCUCGGUGACAUCGAUAUCAACGAUGGGCGGUGGAAAUGUCAAUCAACAGCGCCGCCUUGCUGAGUUUGCGACCAUCCUCGGAGAUUUUAAGCUAGCUGUUUCGGUGUGGGAGACUCUGCGGAAAGAAGCCAGAGGUGGCUCUGAUAUACUUCCCUUGAUAUCGUCGCCAACCCCAGCGCUGCCUUUGCACGCAGAUCACGCAAUUUCCUCCCUGACAGGUCCUCAGCCCCGUCAAGCCACUCCAUUCGAAGCACCGGCCCUUGCGCAGUACAGAGCGCUUGUUUACGCUGUUCGAUGGGAAACGGGUGUUACUCGCGAGGACUUCCUGGGUUCAGUGCUGGAAGGCGAGCGGUGGCUGGUGAAGGCUGCCUCGAGUGCAGAGGAGCCUCCCACGGCCAUGCUCUACGCAGAAGCCGCCUUCCUCAGUGAGCUUAAGGGAGCGCGCCGAAGGGCGGCACUGUGGUACCUCGUGGCUGCCGACAAGCUUGAGAAGACUGGUAUUAAACCGCUUGCGAUGUACUUCUUCCGCAAGGCGCACGACCUGUUUCAGGAUCGGAUCCCGAAAGAACUUUCACCUUCAUUUUGGGAGAGCGAGGAUCGGACCUCUAUGCAGUGGGAAGGCUUUCACGCCGUCCUGCCCGGAAUCGAGCACGAACUCGGCCGAUUACUCUAUACCACCGGUGACACAGCGGGUGCCGUGAAGUAUUUCCUGCGGCUGCUCACUCCCGCUAAGGAUGCAACCGCGCUUUCGACUGCGAACGGGGUCAGUUCGCCGUUGUUGCCUCCCCCCAGUCGGGACAAGAUGUUCCUAGAGGACUUCCGCGUCGCGUUCAAGCACUUCAAAGCAACAGAGGGUGAAGCAUGGCAGAAGCUUGGACUUCAGCUUCCUGUAUCGUUCUGUCAAGCGAAGCAGACACGAGUUAGAUCCCCGGGUGAUUCUGUGCACGGUGACUCUACAAUCUGGGAGAAGCUUGAGGAAGACUGGAGUUAUUUCUGGACAUCUAACGGUAAGGAGAAGCUGGGGAAAAGUGGCAAGGCGGCCGUGAAUGAAACAUUCUGGGUCGAUCUCGUGCUUAAGAAUCCCUUGGACGUCGAAGUGUGGAUAUCCGCGUUGACUGUCAGGGUCCGCGAUGCUUCGGCACAAGACACAGAGAAUGAGCCGGACUUCCUUGAGGUCGAACGCAUCGAUGAUAUCAAGCUUGGCGCAAAAGACACUCGUACGAUUCCAAUUGGAGUCAACUGCACGAAACCGGCUUCUCUAGUCGUGACUCAUGUCACGUAUGAGUUCUUUUCGCUGCUUCCCGCUACAGAGUCGCUAGCUGUGCGUGGGCGCCGCCUCAACGACACACCUAUCCAACGUCAAGGAAAGGUGUAUGCCCCAGACACCCUGAUCAAAGUUGAAGUGGAGGAGGCAGGCCAGCGUUUGUAUGCCCACUUCGUUGAUGACAGGCACCUUGUGUUGGCUCAAGGCGAAUACAAGCGGCAAUCCGUAUGGCUCACGAACUCCGGUACUCGCCCAAUCCGCGAUCUAUGGGUCCUUGCGGGGGAAGACGACGCCGUAUGGAUAGAGACCAACAAUGAACCAUCAUCUUCAACUGCGCCCAAAGUAGAGAUGUUCCAAACGACCAAUUCGCUUGCGCCGAGGACGCCCUUCCGCAUCCCACUGGAAACGGUCCACACAGGUCCCGAACUGGCCCCUGGCGAAGAAGUUCAGCUACCGUUCGUCCUUCAUGCCGCUCAUCAUGGAGAGCACGAUCUGUCAAUGUUGUUCGUUUUCCGCGAGUCUAAAGACGCAAUGUUCCACUGCGCGCGUGUGGUCCGACAGUAUGAGGUCAGGCCGAUCAUCCAAAUCACGACGUCCGUGCGACCGAGUGCGUCGCUGGACCAGUCGUACAUUGUCGGAGUGGAGGUGGAGAAUAUUACCGGGUCCAGCAAUGUCCAAAUCACCCAGCUCUCAACCAUGGGCGCGUUGUGGACCUGCAAGUCGAUGCAACCUUACUCUCCAACGAGCAUUCCUCCCCGUCAAGUAGUUGAGUUCUCAUUAGGCGCCACCCCAUGCGAAAGCAGCAAAGGCACGACCGAGACCACCGAGUUCGUGGCCGAAAAGCUCGAAGCUCUCCUCCGCGGCGACCAGGUUCCCACAACCACCCCGCCGCCACUAACGUUGACGUGCACCCACGUCGCCCAGGGCCCGAACGUCGUCCCGCUCCAGACGCCCACGACGCGGCACUUCCUCCACUGCGGCCGGCGGACGAUGACCGCGCAAGCGACGGCGAGCGCGCACCCGGACAUCCCCGCGCGGCUGCACCAGAGUGUCUUCCCGCUGCGCAACCCGGCGACGGUAGACGUGGUGCUCUUCUGGGAGCUGCCGGCGCAGCGGCGCGCGGGACACGUGCUGCUGCAGGGCCCGACGCUGGGCGCGCAGCACGCGCCGCUCCGCGAGGUCGUCGAGGCCGCGCGGACGGCGAAGGUGAAGCGGUCGAUGUACGCGGAGACGGACCGCGAGCGGCUCGCGAUCCUCCAGGCCGUGCGGACGUGCGAGUGGAACCAGGAGACGGACCCGGUCGCGGUGUUCGUGAAGGACGGGGCGGUGGUCGAGCACGAUUUCCGACAAGGCCCUUGUCGCGCCUCGGUGUCGGUGACGCUCCGCAACAUGUCUUUGACACAUCCGGCGCGGGCGGUGCUGAGACUCAAGGAGCCUUCUACAGAUCCGGAGGUGCAGCGAGAACGACUUCCACCACCAUACACAGGCCGGCUCAUACACCGAUAUAUCAUCCCUCCUUCCCAAUCCGUCUCCGCAGAAGUCAAGCUAUGGACCUCACGACCAGGUUGCUACGCUCUCGACUCCUGGACGAUCGAGACAGAAGUGGGGGAGCCUCCGGAUGCCGCAGACGUGCUGUCCGCGGCAACCUGGAAGUCCAGGGGCCUCCGCUAUGUGCAGAACCCGCGGGCGGGCGACCGCCGUCCGUCACGAUUAUGGACGUCGGACGGCUAG